AUGUUUUCUGUCCGAGCUCUGAACAUCCUAUACGUUCAACUUGUUCGACCCAUACUUGAAUAUUCUACUGUCUGGAACCCUUACCUUGUUGGUCACAUUGAUAGGCUUGAGAGCAUACAGAACCGCUUUAUUCGUUUGAUUGGGCUGCAGCUGGGCUUUGAGUACCGUAAUGUGCCGAUUGAUGACCUUCGAGUCCAGUUUAACUUGGAACCUCUCCAUUCAAGACGUAUAGUUCAUGAUCUGCUUUUUCUGAAGAAGUUGAUCUGCUCUGUCAUUGAUGCACCUGAUCUGCUCGAAUUGCUGGACUUCCGGGCAUCACGUCAUCUUCGUCACCCCCAGCUGUUUGCAAGACGGCACUACACAACACAGUACUUGUUUCACAGUGAUUUUCCACAUCUUCGACGCCUGGCAAACAACCUUACUAGACAUCUGGACUUCUUUAAUAUGAGCUGUGAUGCCUUCAAUUGA